AUGGAUCUCCCUCCUAUUGUAAAGACAUUCGUGUGUACUAGAUUACAAGACACGAUGAUUACCUCGACAGACUAUACCCUUUGCUUUUCGGCACUCGUGAAUAUGAUGAUAAGUGAGCUGAGGACUAGCGAAUUCUUUUUUGACAACAAUGAUAUCAAGAUUAAGAAAGUUCCUGGUCAAGUUCGAGAAUAUGUGGGACGGCAAAAAGAUAAUCAACAAACUUUUGAACAAAGUGAAGACGCCAGACAUCAGUCUCCUGAGACCUCCACCGCCGAACAGUCAGUUUACUCGCGCAUUAUGUCCUUCAACAUCAUUUUCGUCAUCGAGUGCACUACACCUGGAUUCAAUUGCAUUAUAUCAGUUAACGACCCAGAAUAUAGAUAA